AUGGCUUCCACCGCGAAUAAUGUGCCAGUAAUUGAUGGGGAUGACUGCAUUGUGGAUGUAGAAACUGUCGAAGAAGAAAAUUUUAGUGAGCUAUCCAGUGGCACUACUUCCGAUAUAUCCAACAUCAGUGAUACGUCCGACAGUGAGAGAACGGAAGUGAAGCCAGCGACCAAACCCUCCAAACCCCCGUUCAGUUACAACGCCCUAAUCAUGAUGGCUAUCCGUUCUAGUCCCGGGAAACGACUGACGCUCAACGGUAUUUACCAGUUCAUCAUGACCAACUAUCCUUACUACCGUGAAAAGAAACAAGGCUGGCAGAACUCCAUCCGCCACAAUCUCAGCCUGAACAAGUGUUUUGUCAAGGUGCCCCGCCAUUACGAGGAUCCGGGGAAGGGGAAUUACUGGAUGCUGGAUCCGUCCAGUGACGAUGUGUUUAUCGGCGGAACCACCGGCAAACUCCGCAGACGAUCUGCUCAUAGGUCCAGGUUUGACUUAUACAAAACUUCACCGAUCUCCAGGAUAUCUUCGCAACUGUACAAAACCCCACCAUUCCCAAACGGACAACUACCAGUAUCUCUCCCGGGUUACAUCCCUGCGCCAUAUUCUUAUCCAUACCCCUGUCCGGUUCCCCAGAAUACCUGGAACAUAUCGGAUCUUAACGCCUGCAGACCCAUAUCGGACCUCUAUCCUAAAACCAACGCUAAAAGUGUGACUCAAACUACAGAUUUCUCAGUGGACCGAAUACUGGGAACAGAAAACGACAAAAAACAUUUGGGCGGUAGAGUCUUGUCUAAUUCAGACACUGUGUCAUCUCAAAAGUUGGCCCAAAAUCUAUACGGAAUCUCCCAAAUGAAUGUUCACCAGGAUUUAUGGAAAUAUCACGUCAACCCGUUGGCGAAUUCGCACCUUUUCCAACCACUUUCCCUUCAGAUUUCUAGAUAA